UCUGGUUAGCGCUGUCAAUCGAGACUUUCAAACAGCCACACAGAGGAAAACGUCGAUUUUUCAAUAAAUCUGUGUGCAUUUUAAACUUUUCUCCGCGGAAAAUCGGCUGCUGUUUGAGGGUGUGUUAUUUUCUGUGCGAUAACCACUAACUUCAAAUGGAUUCCUCGGCGAUGUCCCUAAAGUCCACGGAAGAUAUCCCACUGGCGGACGACGAUUUGGAAGUGAUUAUCAAUGACGACGAGAGCUCGAAGUAUAUGCAAAACGGGCGAUCGCUCGAUUCGAUUGCGAGCUCCUACACCAACGGCAACUCGAGCCCACGGCAUUUUCUCGAGAACGAAUGUCCCGACGCGGACGAACAGGAGGAACGGGCGCGUCUUAUAACGCAGGUUCUCGAGCUGCAGAACACGCUUGACGACCUUUCGCAGCGGGUCGAUAGUGUGAAGGAGGAAAACCUGAAGCUUCGCUCGGAGAAUCAGGUGCUCGGUCAGUACAUCGAGAAUCUGAUGUCCGCUUCGUCGGUCUUUCAAUCGACAACCCAAGGCCAGGCCUCCACCGCACCGAAAAAGAAGUAAAAUGCUUUUCUUUUUGUGAGGAUAGUUGGAACCUUCAAAAAGAAGGGGACAUUUCGCAGACCAAAGAGGGAAGAAUACCUUUCGCAUGCAGUUUUUCUUUCGGCUUCCUCGCACCGAACAAACUAGACAAACGCUUUCCAGUUAAACCGUUUGAUGAGAUUUGCUUACAAACAAUGAACAGAGACCGGUGCGACUCAAAGAUAAAGCAGAACGGAAAGCCAACUGUACGCUACUGAGAUUUGCACGUGAUGAGUGUAUAAUGACACUACAGACAUAAAUAAGUCUUGAUAGAAUUUAUUAUUGAUUUAGAGAGAUAAAAUUUAUUUACUAUUCAUAAGUUUUGUAUAAAAUAUGAUAUAUAGCCAUCACUGCUUUCUGGUCCGUUAUAUUCUCAUUCUACGAUUAUAAUUCUGUGUUUAGGAACUAUUCCUCCUAUGAUCGAAUAUUGUGUAUAGACAUUUACGAGCACUUUGUAUUUAUGUAUGUACUCUUAGGUUAACAGAUUUCUCCGAUCAUAAUUGUGCAUUUGUUUUGUUCGUAGAACUUUGUAAUAUAUUUUUUUAAAGUUUUAUGUAACCUUGUGAUCAAAUUAGUAUUCUCCUAAUUGAUAUUUGUAAAAAAUUCUCGCUUUUCCAAGCAUGUCACUAAUAAUGGCAUUUCCUAAUAAGCUUACCUGCAGCGCACUGAAGAAAAUAUUUUCCUUCAGAUAUAGCCAUAUUUCUACAAAUAAUAUCGCACAUAAUAAAAAAAAACGUUAAAACCAUACAGUUGAA